UGUAUUAUGGACAGAGAGGAGGGGAAUGUUUUUUUUGACUAAACAGAAAGCUUUCUUGCCAUGGAACUUGAAUAGAGUAUAAACCUCAAAUGUAAAAACCAGUUUUGUUGGUUUAUUGAAGCUACUUAUGCCCUAGAUACAUUUUGUAAUAUAAAUCAUGAAAGGUGUGCCAGAAAACAACCCACAAGACCGAAGAAUUAUGGUAUAAGAGAGAGCUGGUGUGCGUGCGAAACAAAAACAGGGUUAAGACAAACAUGGUAAUAGAAGAUAAGAAUGUAGUGGGAGUGUCUUGAUACAAUACUCUAAAACUGUGAUUGCAACUUAAACAGAGAAAUAGAGUUCAGAAUAUGAAACAAGGAGUGGAUGUGAAAUAAAGUAAAUACAAAGAUAGUGAAUACCGGCAAAUGCAAGGCAGUAGGAUCAAGAAAGAGAAAAGUUGAAUUGGCAGAGAUAAUACUGAGAAGUGAGAAGAGUUGAUUACGAGGAUCCUGUGAAAUUCAACAUGGAAAAUACAGAACUUCCCCCUCGACCACUGCUGUUUGACUUCCACGGAGUCUCCAUGGUCCACCAUUUUACUGAUAACUGGGAGAAAGUUCAGAACUUCCAGGCCAGGCCAGAUGAUAUCCUCAUUGCCACUUAUCCUAAAGCAGGUACCACAUGGAUCUCCUACAUCCUGGACCUUCUAUAUUUCGGUCAAUCAGCUCCAGAGCGCCAGACCUCACUUCCUAUCUAUCAGAGAGUGCCUUUCCUGGAAAGUGACUUCCGUGUUUUCCCUCCAGGAACAGAGGUAGCAGACAAGUUACCCACCUCUCCUCGCCUCAUCAAGACUCACCUCCCUGUCCAGUUGGUGCCCAAGUCCUUCUGGGAAAAGAACUGCAGGGUGGUGUAUGUUGCCCGUAAUGCCAAGGACAAUGUAGUGUCUUAUUUCCACUUUGACCGUAUGAACAAGGCCCAUCCCGAGCCAGGAGACUGGAACAACUUCUUACAGAGAUUCAUGGAUGGAAAGAUGGUGUUUGGACCCUGGUAUGACCAUGUGACCGGCUGGUGGGAGAAGAAACAGACUCACUCUAAAAUCCACUACAUGUUUUAUGAAGACAUGAUAGAGGAUAUGGGACGGGAGCUGGAUGGACUGUGCUCCUUCCUGGGUUUGUCUCCUUCAGUGGAGGAGAAGGAGAGAGUGAUAGAAGGAUCUCACUUUGACAACAUGAAGAAUAAUAGUAUGACCAACUACUCCAACCUCCCAGUUUUGGACUUCAAGAUCUCCCCCUUCAUGAGAAAAGGAAAGGUUGGAGACUGGAAGAACCAUUUCACUGUUACCCAGAGUGAAAGGUUUGAUGAACACUAUCAGAAGAAGAUGAACAACCCCAACUUACAGUUUCGCACAGUAGUCUAGAGGUUGUGGUCUGUGUGAUUGUUUUCAUAAAAAAUGUUCAUGGAAUGUUUAUAGUAAAUGGAUGCUUUGCAGAGUCAUGAAAUAUAUUAUUUACCAAACCAUUAUGAAAUGCUGAACCAGAAGACAAUGUAAGGUGCUAAUUAAUUCUAUUGGUCUGUUAAUUCUAUUGGUCUGUGAAGGAGGUGAGAAACCACAUAUGCACUGUGUGAAAAGACAAAUGUGAACAUGUGGGUAGUACCUGCGGUCUUGUCUUUGCCCAUAAAACUUGACCAGGUUAAGGAUUCAAGGAAGACACCUGAGAAAACAACAGCUGACAUUUUAUUACAAGAGAGCCAUUAAGAUGCCAUUAAUAAUACCAAGUAAGGCACACUGAUAAUCAGAGUUAGCAAACUCACUACAGAGUGAGUAAACUCACUACUCACUAGCUAUGCCCCUCACAAGGAAUCUGACUAAUUAGGUUCAAAUCUGUCUGAAAAAUGUUAUCUGUUGGUUAGAUAUGACAUCGUAGUCACAUGACCAACAUGGUUAGAGAUUUGGCUACAGUUUUAUUGAAUUGUGAUGGCCCUAGCCUUAUUGUGACAGCCCUAGCCUUUUGGGGGUCCUAAGCAAAUACUUAAUGAGGGACCCCCUCUCCCUUAGUGGUCUGGGGCUCACUAACGGUCGGAGGCCCCCUAGCAGUCGGCCACCUAUGUCGCUUAUGCCUAGGGCCGGCACUGAAUGGAAAUUCCCCAGGGGGAAAGUUGCUUGGGCAACUACUUAGGAGCUGUCUUUUUUGUGUUUGGAGUCCAGCCCCAAAUGUACCUAUUGUGUACUCAUUUACACUUCACUGGUUCUGCACAAAAGAAGACUAAUUUCAUGCAACCAUUAAAGAUUCAAGAUUUA